AUGGCCGAAUAUCUCGAAACACUGCACAAACAGUUUGAGGAGAAGGGCCGCGAACUUCAGGCAUACAAAGAGGAAAAUAAGAUCAAGAUUGCGGGUGAAGACGAACGAAAUUCAGGUGAACAGAAAAAGGAAGAACCUGCCUCGUCCUCUGGCGUCCUGGUCACCUAG